AUGAUCAGCAAGCUCCAGUCCAAGAUUCUCUACAGCGAGAAGUACUACGAUGACGAGUACGAGUACCGCCAUGUUGUCUUGCCGAAGGACUUUGCCCGCCUGGUGCCUCGCCACCGCCUGAUGGACGAGUCCGAGUGGCGCCAGCUGGGCGUUCAGCAGUCGGUUGGGUGGCGCCACUACAUGUUUCACAAGCCGGAGCCGCACGUGCUGCUCUUCAAGCGGCCAAAAACGCAGUAG